UGAGAAGUGUCUAUCCACAGAGCAUUUCAAGAGCUUUUCUUGAAAAAAUGCAGUUUCAACUCACUGUUUUUGUCGACUUUUCAUGAAGACUGCAUAUUGGGUCCAUGUUUCCUUCUGCUUUUGUCUGCUUUGGAGGAUUAGCAGCACGUAAAGUUGGCUAAGCUUGUUAUUAUUAGUGUGUGACUUGACAGUGACAAGUUGAAUUAGAGGGUUUCCGAGCAGACUAGUUCUGGACAUAUUUAGUUCUGAAAACUGUUACAGUAAUGCAAGUCACAGACCUCUACGUGUCUGCUCCAGGGAAGGCGAUCCUGCACGGAGAGCAUGCAGUUGUUCACGGAAAGGUGGCUCUUGCUGUCAGUUUGAACCUGAGAACAUAUUUAAGGUUAAAGGCUACGACCACGGACAAAGUGUGCAUUAACCUUCCAAAUAUCGACACAUUCCUCUGCUGGGACCUGUCCGAACUGUCACAGCUCAUUCCUUAUUCUUUUGAUAAGAGGGAGGAGGUGAAACUUCUGGAUGCUGAACUUGUGGGCAGACUGCGGGAUUUUCUUGGUGUAACAAAUGGAAACUUGGAUACUUGCAACAUGGCCACGUUAUCUUUCCUCUACAUCUACAUCUCAUUAUUUCGAUCAAGCGCGUUGCCCAGCCUGACGCUGACGGUGUGGUCAGAGCUGCCCACUGGAGCAGGACUCGGCUCGAGUGCUGCAUACUCGGUGUGUUUAGCUGCAGCUCUGCUCUGUGCCAGUGGAGCCAUCCCCUCCCCUCUCAAAGAGUGCGAUCACACCGCCAGGUGGUGUCAGGAGGACCUGGAGCUGAUCAACAGCUGGGCUUUCCAAGGGGAGAAGAUCAUCCACGGAAACCCAUCAGGAGUGGACAACGCUGUAGGAACAUGGGGUGGCAUGCUGAGAUUCUUGGCUGGGAAGAUUAUACCACUGAGCAGGGUGCCGUUAUUAAGAAUCCUCCUCACUAACACCAAAGUACCCCGCAGCACCAAGGUACUUGUUGCCCGGGUGAAGGACAAGAUUAACAAGCUUCCCUCUAUCAUGACCCCGGUGCUGGACUCUGUUGAUGCUGUUUCCUGCACGUGUGAGAAAGUCCUCUCAGAGAUGACCUGUGAGCCAAUCAGAGGAGAGCACUACAAUACUCUAGAGGAGCUCAUUGACAUCAACCAGCACCACCUGAAUGUGAUGGGGGUGGGACACCCUGCUCUGGACACCCUGUGCCGGGUCACAUUGACCAGAGGACUCCACAGUAAACUAACAGGUGCAGGAGGAGGAGGCUGUGGCAUCACCCUACUGAGACCAGAAACAGACGCCUCUGUUAUCCAGACUACAGUGCAGGACUUGAAAGACUGCGGCUUUGACUGCUGGGAGACAAGUAUUGGCGGGCCGGGGGUCCAGCAGCACUCUCCUCUCUCUGUUAAGGAGGAAGUUCUGGAGGUUUUAAAUCAUUACUGACACACACCUGAGACUGUGGCUGAACACCAGGCCUGACAGGCUGUCUAUCUUUGUGUUGUUCUUCCUGGAGACCUGCUUUCUGCCCAUGGAAUGAAUUAAGCAGAUUGGACCGAGGAGAAUUUUCCACUGAACAUGUCUGGAGGCUGUGUCCAGCUUUGCUCAAUUUAGUUUUCCCUGUCUAAAAAAACAAUAUUAUCCUUUUGAAGCUGCUGUGUCUCAAAAUACUGAUAUUAAAUUUAAACAGAGGGGUAAUGAAGGGGGUUUCAGUUUUUGAAGAAGCCAAUCCUGAACCGUUUGCGUGUCAAACACCUCAUGGGAAGAAUUAUAUGUGCUGAGCGCUUUGACCACUAGAUGGCAUGAGAGUUGCGCGAAUGCUUUUUUAUGAACCAGGAUUUAUUGCAACAUCAAUUGAUUGAUUAAUGUGUAAGCCAAGCUCUAGUAGAAUUGAAUUUAUAGUUUCAUGAAAAUAUUAAAAACUGCAGGGACAACCUGAAUGACAGAUUGGACCAUAAAUGACUCUUACCUGGAACCAAAAAUACAAUGUUGUUAGGAUAAUAGCUAUAAUUAAAGUUAAAGCGAGACAGAAUGAUGAUUAAAAUCCUGUCUAAAUUUCUAGUUUUCAAUCAGCCCACUGUCUACUCUACAAAUAUUUUAGUUGUUCACAGAACUGGAAGAAGUCUUAUUAAAGCGGCUGUGCUUUUAUUUUUCUCUCCAUUAUGAACAAUAUCAGUGAGAAUACUUCUGAACAAGCUGGAGGCAGAAGAAAUACUGUCAUAAACAUAGUGCUUUGCUUAUAAUGUAAUAUUCACUCUCAUCAGUUAUUAUAAAGACAGAUGUAUGCUGCUUUAAUUCUGCAAAGAUUUUGUAUUGUGCUCUACUUUUAACAUAAAAGUGUUCGGUGCAAAGGGAUCGUAAACUCAUUAAAAAUCUCUCAGAUACUAAUAAAUAUCUGUCAAGGUUUGGUAAAUAAUGCGUGCCACAUGGUCUUGGUUUAUGUUCUAGACAAACCGGCUGUGUUGUUUUGCUAACAGAGGAUGAGGAGAGGGGACAGCAGGAGUGUGUGGCCUCUCUAGAGCCUCUGGAUUAGCGCCACUAUAAUGUGAAUCAACAACAACCAGCGCUUUUCUGUGAGUCACACGUUUGUGCUGACACACACACACACACACACACACACACACGCACACUAACACACACUCUAGCUUUUCCAAAUACUUCUCCACCUAAUUGCUCAUCCUGCCUGAGCAUUACCAAAUAUUCUGCACAUGCUGCAGAUACAGAAGACAGAUCUGUUUAGAAUAUCCCUGAUUUGGAGAAAAGGUCAUGGUGGGAUUCAGUUGAGUCUGAAUAUCCAUUUCAUUUUCUAUUUUUUAAAUGUCAUGAAGAUUGAGGAGCACCAAUCUGGCACUGCACGUGAAUAAACAACAUUUGUCACCCUC